AUGCAAUUAAACUCAUGUAAGGAUGAAUUUAAUGUCAUGAAUCAUGAUGAUUUUCAUGUGAACAAUAUGUUAAUCAGAUAUGACAAUGAUGGCAAACCUAUUGAUCAUAUUUUUAUAAACUUCCAACUGUGCGUUUACACAACACCGGUACUUGAUUUGAUAUAUUUUCUCAAUACAAGUCCUUCCUUGGAUAUCAUGGAAAACAAAAAAAAUAUUCUAUUAAACGAAUACUUUGACACCUUAUCAGUGACUAUGAAACAAUUGAAUUGCAAAACACAGCCGCUCACCAUGGAAGAACUAAAGGUUACCAUAAAGCGAAAAGCUAGCUAUGAAAUGAUAGUAUUCUUCGUCAUUUUACCAUUUUUGCUAUGCUCUAAGGCUGAGGCGAAAGAUUUGGAUGAGUUAAGUUCUGAUGGAAAUCCAGGUGUCAAAAGCGAGAAUUUUAGAAAGUUAAUGAUAAAAAGACUACCACUGUAUGACGAAUGGGGUUUAUUGGAUCUUCUAACGUAUACUUUAUGCUGGCUACUUUUAAACGGGUAA